CGGACACAGCGCAUAGCACCACAUACAUUCCGCUCCAAGCAUGCUUUCCGUGUCCCAGUUCUCGCUUGCUCUCUUGCUGGUCGCCGCCACGGCCUCCACAGAUGCCAUUCCGUCGGGCGACUACUUCUCCGCUAUGCUGACAGCCGUCAACCAGGAGCGCGCAAAGCAGGGAGUGCCGGCUCUUUGCAUGAACAAGAAGCUCCAGGCUGCUGCUCAGCGCCACUCGGACGACAUGGCGAAGAACAACUACAUGGCCCACGACGGUGCCGAUGGCUCCACGAUGUCGCAACGUAUCACCCAGGCUGGUUACGAAUGGGAUGGCUGCGCUGAGAACGUUGCUGCUGGUCAGGAGGAAGUCGUCUCGGUCAUGAAGGGAUGGAUCGAGUCUCCGGGCCACUACGAGAACAUCAUGAACAAGGACUACACCAUGUUCGGCACGGCCUUCUCGUACAACAAGGACAGUACGUACGGAAUCUAUUGGACGCAGGACUUUGCCAGUGGCGAAACGGAGGCGUGCGAGGGCGGCAACACCACCAUCCCGGUGACCCCUGCUCCCACGACCCCCAUUCCCGUUAAGGAAAUCCCCGAGGCUCCGGCCACAUUCAUCCCGAGCCAGGACGUCCCGGCAACGAAGGGCCCUGUCGUCACUCCGGCACCCACCACCCCUGCUCCCGUGUCUACUCCGGCAUCGACGACUCCUGCCCCCGUGUCGACACCUGCAUCGACGACGCCUGCACCUGUGGUCACCCCGGCAUCAACGACGCCUGCCCCCGAGGCCACACCGGCUGCAACGACGCCUGCCCCCGAGGCCACACCGGCUGCAACCACGCCUGCCCCCGAGGCCACACCGGCUGCAACUACGCCUGCCCCUGAGGCCACACCGGCUGCAACGACGCCUGCCCCUGAGGCCACACCGGCAGCGACCACCCCGGCUCCCGAGGUGACCCCUGCUGCUACGACCACACCUCCUUCGGCAUCCCAGAAGGAUUGCGAGUCGAACUUUUAA